GGGAACCGGAUGUACGUAUAAUUCAUCGCGCGGUGACAUUUGUUGUCAUCCAUCCAAAUCCAAUUUCUGCUGUUAAUUCUCUAUUUACUGUGGUAACGUGUAUUAAAAUGUAUUUGUUAAUAUACUGAUACAUGAUUGACAAAGAUAAACAGACGAAUCGCCGUAGCGCGCCAUCAUGCAAAAGUCGCCUAAUAAUAUACGUCACCGUGUGUUUAGUAGGUUGUCGCUCAGUAACAGCGCACAGCGUCACUCAUUUCAAAAGUAACUUUAAUCUCCGAUGUUACUGCGUUUUGUUAUCACAGUCGUGUAGACAUGUUUUUGAUUAAUCAGGAUUUGACUCUAUGGGUCAAAUCCUAAACGUCUUCACAAGCCCUUUGAUAGAAUGGCUAAGGUGCUGGCUCUCCCAGUUGUCCUACUGUUUUGUUGGGCCGAUAGCAAAAAUCUUGUUUUCCAGCCAUCGUCCGUUAUUGCUACUGGACCGAGAAUCACAGCAUUUUUACUUGGAAACAUAACAGACGUCUCUCUGAACGUGCGCGCUGUAUUCCCAUCUAAUGUAACAGGAAGCAUUGACCCGCCAUCGUGUGCAGCCGAGGAAACACAGUGGAUUGUUACAAAGGAACAGGUUGGAAUGAAUGCACUGCGAGUUCAUUUGCACCUGAAUAAAAGUCUGCAUUUGUGUGGCGAAAACGAAACGGACUGCUGUCCAAAGCCACUGUGUGUCCUGGAGAGCCUGCAGAUAUCUGCCUGUGUGGGCAACACAGCUCAGGCAUCAUUGCUGAUCCAGGCAAAAAUUUAUGCACAUUUGAUUUCUACUAAUGCCGGAUCUGAUAGUCCAACGGUCAUCCCAAACCAAGUGUACGAACCCCUGGGCUCCUGUCCUUGUGACCUCACUUCUGGAACAUGUGAUAUUCGCUGUUGCUGUGACAAGGACUGUUCGGCUGAAGAACUGAAGCUGUUUCAGUCUCACUGCCUCACAGGACCCUUUGGUGGGCAGCUCCCCCCAGUUCCAGACUACCACUGCUCUGCACAGAGAGAGGACUCCCCAGAUUGGUUUCCAUUUCUGUGUGUCAUCUCUCCACUUGAAAACAACCCAUACCUGGGGCUCUUCUACAAUGGAGACAACAUAAUAACAAAACCUCGCCCUUCCUUCCAAAUGCCUAUUUUGUCUGCACCAGUUUUUAAUAUUUACAGACAAGGAAAUCCAAUUUUUACUCUGGAUGAUCAGUUGUUCACCAUUCCUCAGAUGGCCAUUGGACACUGUGUUUACAAUGCUCCUGUUGCCUUUUUGGAGAAUUUCAGUUUCAAAUGUGUUACCCUGCUGGGGUCUUGUCCAACUGCUUUCCCUUUACAAACGCUGCCAUCAGACUUGAGCAUGAAAGUGAACAAUGGGCAAGGGGGUGAUGUCACAGUAGAAGUAAGAGAAGAAACUGUCAGGGAUUUGAAUCCUUUCCUGUCAAAUGCAGUUGUUAAUUCAGAUCAGGUCAAGGUGUGUGAGAGUGUGACCUUGGCUUUGGAUUACACAUUCUACUGGAAAGGAAAUCAAAUGACAAAAAUCAUCCUGACACGCUCUGUCGGGACAUUCAUUUUAAAAGGAAGUGUGGAGUUAACGACGAGGUAUUCUGCUGAUUUCCUGAUUGGAGAACAUGCGAGCGAGUCAAACUCAAAUAAUCCAGGUUAUCAGGUGGGAAGGCCCAUCAUUGCCGGAAUUGAGAGCACACAAACGAAUGCUUUCUCUGUGCAGAGGACAUCAAUCAAUCUCUGGAAACCAGUGCGUGACGGGCUGUGUUUGACCGCUGAGAAACAACCAGUACUGUUCGCUGAGAAUUCAACAUCAGGGUGUCAUUUAUUUGUCAGCCUACAAAACCUGACCCAAUGUGAUCUCCUCAGAGACACCGUUGCGUCUCUACAGGCAGACUUGAUCACAGCCACAUAUGUUGCAAACAGUGGAAACCCGAAUUCUGAAACAGAAGCAGAUUGGGUCAAAAUAAGUGUUUCGAACUCAAGCAAUUCGUUGGGAGAUGUUGAUGGUUCAUGCAGCGGGAUUGCAUCCCAUAUCCAUAUCCACAUUUGGAGUUAUGUUACUAGAACGGCUGAAGGAAAUGCCCAAAGGAAUAUCCAUGCUAUUAAAGUUUGGUCCACGCUGUCCACUUGGACAUUAGACUGCGGAGGAGGUGAUGUAUCUCCAUGUUCAGAUCCCACAGAGGCCCAGUUGUUUCAUGUCACCUCAUCAGUUACUUUUAUUGACAUUCCUAUCCAUAUAGGACCUCCCAAAACCAGGUUCCAGAUAAACUUCACAGAGUAUGAUUGUGACAGGAAUGAUGUAUGCUGGCCUCAGAUGUUCUUCCCCUUGACCAAGUAUUACACUGGCGAGCCACAUUCUCAGUCUUUGGCCAAAGGCCUCAUCUUGGUCUUCUUUUUCCUCGCUGCAUCAGUUCUUGGGACUCCCUGGAGGCAAAUCCGGCAAGCUUGGAACAGUUCCUUUCUGUCAUAGAGGAUUACUAAAGAGACACUUGUGUGACAUAGUCUUAUAUUUUGAAGAAAAAAUAGUUAUUACCCUGGGGGGGGGGGGGGGGGGAGUUUUAUUCUUCACUUUAUACAGGACACGCCAUGUAUACACAGACCAGAAAUUCACACACGCACAAGCAAGAUCCUGUCGACAUGCACCAAUAGAGAGAUGUCAUACGGCAGUGCCCUUGAGGUAAACGGUCCUUUCUUGAGCAACCUGCCCCAUUUCCAUACUUGGACUGCCAAGUCCUUACAACUAUGAUGGUUCAUGUUUAUAUUGUGUUUAGUGGUUGUUGCAAUAGUUUGUUAUCAAAUAAAUCUUAAUUUAAUAUUA